GAGUUCCGAGACUCCAUUAUUUCUCUUUUUCUUGUGCUUCAGAGUCAAAGGAGUUUCUUCAGACUUGUCUGAGUUCAAAUCGAAGAAGAAGAAGAAGAAAAUUAGGGUUUUGAAAAGCAGCCAUGACUGACAGUGAAGAGCACCACUUCGAGUCCAAGGCCGACGCCGGAGCCUCCAAGACUUACCCGCAGCAGGCCGGCACUGUCCGUAAGAACGGCUACAUCGUCAUCAAAGGCCGCCCCUGCAAGGUUGUUGAGGUUUCGACCUCGAAAACUGGAAAGCAUGGACAUGCGAAGUGCCACUUUGUUGGGAUUGACAUUUUCACAGGCAAGAAGUACGAUGACAUUGUACCUUCUUCCCACAACUGUGAUGUUCCCCAUGUCAAUCGUACUGAUUACCAGCUGAUAGAUAUUUCUGAGGAUGGAUUUGUGAGUCUUUUGACUGAAAAUGGAAACACCAAGGAUGAUCUGAGGCUCCCAACUGAUGACAGUCUGCUUACCCAGAUCAAGGAUGGUUUUGCUGAGGGAAAGGACUUGGUUGUCUCUGUGAUGUCUGCAAUGGGAGAGGAACAGAUUUGUGCACUCAAGGAUAUUGGCCCCAAAUAGAGUCUAGUAGUCUUUGUUAUGAGUAUAUCAGACUGGUGAAAAACUUGAACUUUAGCAUAUAGAUGUCAUAAGUCGUUUCGGCCUGCGUUUGGUAAGACUCUUAACUAUGGUGGUGGUACCUGUUCCAGAUGGGGUUUUGUGGUUCUGGAGACAGAAAUUAUCUUUUUAUCUUUUUGUGUUUUAUUUUCUCUGUGCUUUGGAGUCUUGAUUUGCCGUCGAGAUAUUCAAAGAUUACUAUGGUGUUUGAACUGUGUAGAAAUGAAAGAAAAGCAAAGAUGAUCUGCUUUCUUGGGGAAAGUAGCGUCUACAUUUUUAUGUGUCAUUGAAA